ACCAGGACCAUGAGCAGCUAAGAUGGACACAUCCGCCUCAGCCUCCGCGGAGAAAAAAGAAGGCAAGAGUGCGAUCCCGGAGGGCGCUGCUUUCCCCGACGCGGGCAGGAAGACCUCUGCUCUGGCUGUGGCCGCGGCCGCAGCGGCUGCCCAAGGAGUGCCGCAGCACCUUUUGCCACCGUUCCAUGCUCCCUUACCGAUUGACAUGAGACACCAGGAGGGAAGGUACCAUUACGAGCCUCACUCUGCCCACGGCGUGCACGGGCCUCCUGCCCUGAGUGGCAGCCCCGUCAUCUCCGACAUCUCAUUGAUCCGGCUUUCCCCCCACCCCGCCGGCCCUGGGGAGUCCCCCUUCAACGCCCCCCACCCGUACGUGAGCCCCCACAUGGAGCAUUACCUCCGCGCCAUGCACAGCAGCCCCACGCUCCCCACGAUCUCUGCAGCCAGGGGCCUCAGCCCCGCUGACGUGGUCCAUGAGCACCUCAAGGAGAGGGGGCUGUUUGGCCUCCCCCCGGCAGGCACCAACCCCUCCGACUAUUACCACCAGGUGGCCCUCAUGGCGGGCCACCCCACAUCCUACGGGGACCUGCUCCUGCAGACGGGGGGCGCCACUGGCACCCCCCAUCUCCACGACUACCUCAAUCCAGUGGACGUGUCGCGUUUCUCCAGCCCACGGGUGACGCCCCGCCUGAGCCGCAAGCGGGCGCUGUCCAUCUCCCCGCUGUCGGAUGCCAGCCUGGACCUGCAGCGGAUGAUCCGGACCUCCCCCAACUCGCUGGUGGCCUACAUCAACAACUCGCGCAGCAGCUCCGCCGCCAGCGGCUCCUACGGGCACCUGUCGGCGGGCACCCUCAGCCCAGCCUUCACCUUCCCCCAUCCCAUCAACCCCGUGGCCUACCAGCAGAUCCUGAGCCAGCAGAGGGGCCUGGGCUCGGCCUUCGGACACACACCACCCCUGAUCCAGCCCUCCCCCACCUUCCUGGCCCAGCAGCCCAUGGCCCUCACCUCCAUCAGCACCACGCCCACCCAGCUCAGCAGCAGCAGCAACUGUCUGAACGACGCCAGCCAGAGCAAGCAGAACAGCGAGUCGGCUGUGAGCAGCACCGUGAACCCCAUCGUCAUCCAUAAGCGCAGCAAGGUCAAGACGGAGGCCGAGGGCCUGCGACCAGCCUCCCCGGUGACCCUGACGCAGGAGCAGCUGGCCGACCUCAAGGAAGACCUGGACAGGGACGACUGCAAGCAGGAGGCGGAGGUGGUCAUCUACGAGACCAACUGCCACUGGGAGGACUGCACCAAGGAGUAUGACACGCAGGAGCAGCUGGUGCAUCUGCCCCACAGACACGGGUGGAGCCCAGACCACAACAUGCUCUACUAUUAUGGCCAAAUCCACAUGUAUGAACAGAAUGGAGGCCUGGAGAACCACGUAGGCUGCCAGGUCAUGAGGCCCCAACCGCCGCAGCCACAGGCCUGCCCAGAGGGCCUCCAGCCCCAGCCCUUGUCCUCACCAGGCGUCAACCAGGUGUCCAGCACUGUGGACUCCCAGCUGCUGGAGGCCUCCCAGAUCGAUUUCGACGCCAUCAUGGAUGACGGCGAUCACUCGAGCUUGCUCUCGGGCGCCCUGAGCCCCAGCCUCCUCCACAGCCUCUCCCAGAGCUCCUCCCGCCUCACCACCCCCCGGAGCUCCCUGACUCUGCCCUCCGUCCCCACGGGCAUCAGCAACAUGGCCGUCGGGGACAUGAGCUCCAUGCUGACCAGCCUGGCCGAGGAAAGCAAGUUCCUCAACAUGAUGACCUAAGGCCCCGGCCCCUGGUGGAGGGGACCCCGAGGAAUCUUUUCCAGAGUGGGGUGUCAUCCAUUUUGUCUUUUUCCAAAAAAGUAUUACUAGGCCUGGGGGGGGGGGGGGGAGGGUGCUGUGGUUCAGACCACAAUGCUUUAAGGCAAGUUUACCUGCACCGUCUGGUCUUCUUUGGGGUUACUUUCGGAACACUGAACAAACCUCAACAGGAAGGCUCGUUUACACAGUGCUCCCGCCUCUGGUGUUUAGGGGACCACUCUGCUCCGGCUCCUUCGCCCGUCACCGAGGGGUCCCACCGGCCAGGGCUUUCCAAGUACACGAGGAAAAGGGCAGAGGAACACAUCUGGGUUUGAAUCAGAAAGCCGUACUGGAUGUUGUAAUCCAGGAAGAUGAGCUUCUAUUCCGAUCCUGCAAGGAGGAGGAGUUGCUGGCCCUGGAGUCCUUCCGCAAGCUGGCGUGAGGCCGCUACCGUCCCUGGUCCCGGAGGAGAGAGUCUACCCAGGUGACUCGGAGCACACCCUGAUUCCAGGGCGGUAGAGCCGGCAUCUCCACCCGCAGAGCCAGGUGUGCACCUGCAGACGGCCCGCGUGUGUAGAAUGAAUAAAGGACGGAAGUGUUGCCAGAAAAGGGAAAGAAGACACCAUGACGCUCGGGGGUGCUCAGAGGCGGCGGGCCUCCAGGCGUGUUUACAGCGUCCACGCGUGUAAAACGUGGCCCUCCCAGAAAGGAACACUCCCUUCUGAAUGCCCCGGGGCUGCUGGAGCUGCUGCGGCCACGGGUGACCAAGGGGCCCACGCGUGGAUGGACCUUUAGGAAGUGAGUGCACAGGGCCCAGCCUCGGGCGCCUGGCGUAGGAAGAGUCACAUGUUUACCCAGCCCUGUUUCCCCAGGGCACUGCCCGCCCACUCUGCCCCAGGUCCUGAUGGCGGCCUCUCCAGGUGCCUCCGGCCACGCUGCCCACUCUCCAGCAGCCCGGGGUCCCUACCGAGUCCCGGCACCCCUGGAUCCCCUCCCUCUGCCCUCAUUCGUUCCAGAGAAUGAUGAUGUGCAUGGCGUCUGGGGGGGCGGGAGGGGAAGGAGGUGAUUCCUCCUUCAGGUGGGAUUUGGAACUGGCGUCAGGAGACAUUCCUGAACAUAGUAGGGUGAGUGGGUGCAUCCUCCCCAGCACACGCCCCACACCUUCCCGUGUUGAAUUCGUGGCAUCCUUGCCAAAACCAACUGUACCACUAGGAGCCUGAUACUGACUGUGACCUUACCCGGGCCCGCUGCGUCCCAGAACACCCAGGGCUUUGUUAGGCUCCAAGGAAAGGCCAAGUCCAAAUCACAGCCCCGGAGGGGGGUGGGAGGGGGCGGGGUCUGGGCUCUGGUGGUCAUUCAUUCCCUGAGCUAGGAUGUCACACCAUCCCUCCCUGUAUAUAGUCUGUACAGAAGACAUCGCCCUGAAAAUACUGUAGGUGAGUCAUCCAGCCACGUUUAUAUCUCCAAAACAUUUUUAGCUUUUUCUACCUGCUA